ACACGAAAGAGAAAAUUAUUACGUUUUUAAUUUUUUUUUUUUUGGUCGGGAAUAGAUUACGUUUUCAAUCUUUGAUCGGAGUGAUUAUGGUUUAUUAUUUUCUCUUUCUAUACAUAUACAAACAAUACAAAACAGAAUUUGUUCGCAAUAUUUAUAUAUAAAUAGGUAGAGGGAGAAAGUCUUUUGUUUUCAGUUUCAGUGGGGAAGUGGCAUAUAGCUAGUUCUAUCAAGUCUUUGUUUUUACUGUUCCAGCCUUGUAAGUGCAAGUAAAGUUGAGAAAAGGGGAAAUGGCAGUGACAGGUUCGAAUUCUGAGCAGCCACAGUUCAUUGCCAGCGCUGGAAAUCGAAGCUUUUCAUCUAAUGCCCCACUGAUUGAGAACUCUGAUGCUCAGAUUGUUGUUCCAGAUAGGACGAGCUGGAAAAACUUCUUUGCUUAUCUGGGCCCUGGAUUUCUUGUCUCUAUCGCAUAUAUUGACCCUGGAAAUUUUGAGACGGAUUUACAAUCUGGAGCAGAACACAAGUAUGAGCUACUAUGGAUAAUAUUGGUGGCUUCAUGUGCUGCUCUCAUCAUCCAAUCCAUGGCAGCCAACCUUGGGGUGGUCACAGGAAAACAUUUGGCAGAACAUUGCAGAGCUGAGUAUCCUAAAGUGACAAACUUCAUCCUUUGGGUUCUUGCUGAGAUUUCUAUAGUUGCAUGCGACAUUCCUGAAGUGAUUGGAACUGCCUUUGCUCUGAACAUGCUCUUCAAAAUUCCUCUAUGGAUUGGCGUUCUUUUGACCGGAUUUAGUACUUUGAUUCUUCUAGCACUGCAGCAAUAUGGGGUCAGGAAACUUGAAUUCUUGAUUGCUUUUCUUGUACUUACAAUUGCUGCAUGCUUCUUCGUGGAGCUUCACUACGCGAAGCCUGAUCCAAAAGAAGUCCUGAAAGGUCUUUUUGUUCCCCAACUUAAAGGAAGUGGUGCUACUGGUCUUGCAAUUUCACUUCUUGGUGCUAUGGUUAUGCCUCACAAUCUCUUUCUCCAUUCUGCGUUGGUGCUUUCUAGGAAAAUACCAAGAUCUGUCCGUGGCAUCAGGGAGGCAUGCAGCUUUUAUAUGAUGGAAAGCGGCUUCGCUCUCACGGUGGCCUUCCUUAUUAAUGUAUCUGUUAUUUCUGUGAGUGGAACUGUCUGCAAUUCUUCAAAUCUUAAUCCUGAAGAUCAGAAGAGCUGUGAGGACUUAGACUUAAAUAAGGCUUCAUUUUUACUAAGGAAUGUCUUAGGCAGUUGGAGUUCAAAAAUCUUUGCUGUGGCUUUGCUGGCUUCAGGUCAGAGUUCCACCAUCACAGGAACAUAUGCAGGGCAAUAUGUUAUGCAGGGCUUUCUUGAUUUACGACUAAGGCCAUGGCUUCGCAACUUUUUGACCCGUUGCUUGGCUAUAGUACCCAGUUUAAUAGUUGCACUCAUUGGAGGCUCUGCUGGGGCAGGGAGGCUCAUCAUUAUUGCAUCUAUGAUUUUAUCAUUUGAGCUCCCUUUUGCCCUCGUUCCACUUCUCAAGUUCACAAGCAGUAAGACCAAGAUGGGGAUAUACGUAAACUCUGUUGGGAUUUCAGCAGUGACUUGGAUCAUUGGCUCCUUGAUUAUGGCCAUAAACAUAUACUAUUUGAUGACCGGUUUCAUCAACUUACUUCUCCACAACCACUUGCCACUCGCAGCCGUUGUGUUUCUUGGAAUAUUUGGGUUCUCAGGCUUGGGAGUGUACUUGGCUGGAAUUGCAUAUCUAGUUUUCCGCAAGAACAAGAAGGCAACACAUCUUUUGUCACUGACAACUCCCGAUUGUCAACAAAUGGCGGCGAACGAGCAGAGCAAUGGCUCGAUGUAUUGCCUUCGAAGAGAGGACAUAGUGAGUAUGCAAUUGCCUCAAAGAAGGUCAGCUGAAGAUCUCGAAUGAUAACUCCCCUAUAUAUAUAACUAGUAAAUAAGUCAAAUUAGUAUAGGUUUUUGUGUUAGGUCUUUAACCAAGUGUUAGUUGUUUUAAGUAUGAGAAAUGCUAAGGACAUUAGCCAUUGAUUUGAGGACUCUUGUGGAGUGGGAGUGAUCCACCCUCUAUGAAAGGCUGCUCGCAAUGUGUAUUAUAGCACUCUUUUAAAUAAAAGUACCUGGAAGCUAGCUGGUAUAAACAUAAUUAUGGUAGUGUGCAAGUAAUCCUAAAUAGCUCUUUUGUAACAAUUAUUAUAACUACUUCUCUUCAUUA